AUGGUUUCAGUUAAGAAUUCUUGUGAAUUCGUUAACUUGCUUGACGAUCAGGAGAUAGAAAGUGGGGAUUUGCCGACAAGUUUUGAUGUUGAGUCUAUGUACACUAACAUUCCUGUAGAUGAUGCCAUACAGGCCCUGCAAUUCACACUAGGCCGGCAUGUGGAGAUUUUUAUUGAGCACGAAGUUAAAUCUGUUGCAAGAUUUUGUGUUCAUGCAGUGGCCCAUAUGCAGGAGAGACCUGUAGGUCCGUACAGAAGAGUUUAUUCGAACACAAAACAGCCUGCAAGAAUAUUUGUGACCAAAGAUCGGCUCGUUCAGGACACCAGAUGGAUUGGUCUAAUGUCAAAUGCAUAUCUGGCUAUAGGGACUAUAGCAUGGUUUCCACCAGAGGAUGGAGGAGGUUGCCUUGGAGCUGUGCUUGUAGGUUUGUGCGAAGAGGUCCUCGGCGCACCGCCCUGCCACUUUGAUGGACCCUUGCUGAGCUUUUGUCCGUCAUGUGACGAAGACAAGAAAGGUGGACGUACGUAG